UGACUAUACUAGGCUAAUGCAGACAUCAUCCCUACAGGGAUUGAAGAGUUUUCAAUAUUUGAUCCCUCCGAUAUUCCUGUUUGCAGCUUUCAUGUAUGUGAAGUCUGUCUUCCUGUAUUAUUUAUUGGAACACAUUCAGUGUAUGGGACUGAGAGAAGUGGCUUUUCAUGCAUCUCUGCACCGCUGCAACAUUUUAUAAAGGAAUAAGGUUUCUGGCAUGACUUCUCGUGUAAAAGUGGGGGAAAGACUGGGGGGUUUAUUCUGUGGUUGUCUGGGAUCAUUUGAAGAGAAAACAAUGACAAAAUGAAAACGAGUUUUUCAUCAGAAAAUGAUUUAAGGUCAGAAUGAUUCAAGAUAAUCACGCCAGUGGUUCAUUCCCUUUAUUUUAAAAUGAUAGAAAAUGGAAUUUAAAAAGUCAGUUUGGGAUUUUAUGUAUAACCUACAAUGUAUUGAAGAAAUACCUUCUGUUUGAAAAUAUGUAUUUCUUGGCAAUGUUGCCCUUUUGUUAAUCUGUCUUUCUCUCUGGAUCAAUGAGAACAGAACCCAAAAGUGAAGUCUCAUUUUGUGUUCUGUAGAUUGUUUCCAGGUGUAAAUGUGUGCAGAUAUGAAUGUGAAGAUUGUUCAACUUAAAGCAGGUUCAGCAAAAGCUCAAAUAACAAGGGGGAAAAAAAGCAGUAUUACUGGUGACUCAGUAUCAGUGGAGCAUCUGUCGACCGCCUCCCUGCACACACUGUGAGCAGUUGUAGUUUAUAUGAUGAGGGGAGGGCGUGUGUGAGUCUGUCUAUAGACGUCCAGACGGAGCAGAAAUCAGUUUCACCAGCUGUACAACACAUCAGAGGAACUCAGGCUGGGUCAUCCCUCCUCUGCCAUGUGAUUUUCAUUACAGCAACUUGGGGAAGAGUUCAACCGUAGAAGGUUUAAGUGUGGUAAGGGAGAAUACAUGAAGAAGCAAGGAAAAGGCAACACUGCCAGCAUCCCCCCCUCUUCCCCAACUGGGAGCAGCAGAGUGCAGGUCUACCAUGACUACCAGAAGGUGGCUUUUAAGAUGUAUCCUGGGAAUGGUCAUGCAACAGAAAACGGUUCUAACACCAGGAGAGACCAUGUCACGAGUCGAGAUGGUACAGGCAAGAUGUCCUCUGUUCCAGACAUCAUCUCUAACAGCCAGGACCAAAGGCACAGCAUGAAGGAGAGCCUUCAAAGGAACUCCACGUGGACGAUGGAUUCGAGCAGCCAGGCCUAUUCGGGGCCAGAGGAUAACUCCACAGACCCACAUGAGACCUUGACAGAGACUUCAACUCUGACCUUUGUGGACACCCACACCAUGGAGGAAUCGGGAGAGAAUUACAGCCUCCACGGGGUGGGGAUGGUUUACCUCAAGGAGUUUGUGCUGAUAGAUGAUGAUGACGAUGGAGACAUGUCACUAAGAGAGAAAACGGUGACUGACUUGUCUGUCAUGGAUGGAAAAGCUGCUGACUUGGUGUGUGGGAGGCUGUUGUCUACCUCCAGUGGCUCACUGUCAGAGUGUAAGGAGGAUACUCCAGCUCCUGAGGUGCCUCCACCUGAGGAAGUUGAGACUGCACACAAAAAGAAAUGCUGCUGUUUCUGCACUAUUCUAUGACCAAGCAGGACAUUAAAUAUCAGCAGCAGUUUGUGUGUCCAAGAUCCCGACUGUGAAGAUUUCUUAGAUAACUCUGGCAAAACACAGCUACAUACUAUGUGUAUAUAUGUGUUCCUGUUGAAGCACAGGGCACACUCAUAGGUAAGGUGACCUAGCCAAAAUGACACCGAGUGGUGUCAUUUUGUUUUCUGAUUCAACUUUUCUGUCUGGAAUUGAUUUUACAGAACCAUUAUUUAACAUUUAAACGCUAAACCAUUAAAAUAUUUUUGUUUGUCUCAGUUGUCAUCCACUUAUGUGUUUUUGUAAGACUUGAUUAUUUACGUAAUUAUGAAGUGUAUGUAUCUUAAGAGGUGUAAUGCUCUCUGAUUUACAUUUAUAGAAUUUGAUCAUGUGGGUUAAGAUCAUCCUUUUCAAGUUGAACAAACAUAUCUCUAAAAUCUAUUAUAAAGUUUUGAUACUAAAAAAAUGCAUGUUCAUAUAAUAUUUGAUCUGUAUGACAGACUUUUUGAUAACUAUAUAGAAGGUCUAGAAAGAUCAGGUGCUAAAAACAAAUAAAGAUCUCUUCAAUUGCCA